AGGAAGAGUUUUUGGAAUAGGCGCAAAAUCCGUUGUCAGUGUGUUUAUGGCAUGCUCAUGUAGGGGGCAACGGUAUUGUUAUCAGUUGAUGCGGUUUAAUACACUUUAAAAGCUCAGUGGACUUUUAUCUGAUACCAUGUCUCGUUUCGUUGGCAUUUUAUCUCACGAGCAAUGCGGAAGAGACCCGUUUUAACUGAGCACACAGCUGUAACAAGCUAGCACAGGGCAGCACAGUCUCUUUUUCAUCAACAAUGUCUUGUCUUCCACAAAAUAACUUGAAGGAGCAGCUGGCGAGGCACAGCAAUGCAGCUCAGAGCAAGUUGUCUCUGGCUAAACCCAAACCGGGGGCCUUUUCUUUCAAGAAGUCCUCAUCGACUACACCCAGGGUGGAAGCCCCAACCAAGGUAAUCAGCGCUAAUGUUUUGGCGAACAGCAAUGUCAAUGUCUCUAAAAACAAUUUGGUUACUCAAUCUCGUUUGACAUUUCCAAACAAGCUCGAGAGACCACAAAAAUCCGAAAGCAGCAACUUCUUCUCUGUAAGUUCAAAAAGCAAGUCUGACUUCAUCAGCCCAGCAGGUAACCGUGCUCCUGCAGGCCAGACUCCUGCAGCAGUGUCUUCUAUUAAGGUGACCGCUCCAACUAAGUCCUACAACCAGUUUACAAGUGGCAAUGGAAGCUAUUCCAAAAGUCUGGAUACAUCUCUUGGAUUCCCGAUGGAUGACUGGGAUGAUCUCGAUGACUUUGAGAUUCCUGUCAAAAAUGACUCUGGGAUGAGCACCAACCAAGUGUCAUCGUUUAAUGAAGAAGGAGCACAAUUAUCUCUUAUGGAGCCUCAGUUGAGCAACUGUAACGGAAAUAGCCUUUCCAAAAGUGAAAAAUCUUGUAUGGAAACGGCUACGCUGGAGCACCGAGUCUGCGACGCAACAGAUUCACCAGGACAGUGUUUGAAUAAUGAACCAGCGGAUUUUGAGUUUGAAGUUUCUCCACUAAAAACAACCAGAAAACGUCCUCCUGGUCAUAGGAGGGCCGUCAUGAGUGAUAGUGAAGAGGACAACGAUGUUGUGCUUGAGCCGUUCAAAGCGAAGACCGAUGACAAGACAAAAUGGACUGACCCGAAGGUGAUACAGCUCUAUGACAACUCAGAUCCUGAAGAUUACAUUCCUCCUUCUCCAAUCCUGAAUGAGAUAUCUCGUACUACUUCUGCAAUGGAGACCAGCAGAGACAGUUCUUUGCAAUCAAAAGGAUCCAUCACCACAUUAAACGCCUCGUCUGAUCACCUCUCAAAAGACAAAACAAACGAGCAACUCUCAAGUAUUAUGCAGUGCAUUUGUUCUCUGGUCGAUUCCAUCCCUGAACAUGAAGUGAUAGGUCUGUCCUGUGGAAGUGAGCUUUUGCUGAAGAGGGCCCAAAGGAAAAGAAUUCUCGCAACCGGGGGUUGCAAUUUAUUGAGUAUGCAGCAGCCAGACAGCACUGUGAUUUCUGAAUCCAGCCUUAAAGGAAGAUCUUCGUUUAGCUGUGAUACGUCUAGUGUUAUAUCAUCUAGCGGCUCCAGGCCUUUGGACUCAAAGAAGCCUCUUCAGAUCAGGAGAUCUUCAGUCAUCUCUGUGGACUAUGAUUCUGAUCACACAGACAGUACCACCAACACAAAGCCCUCGCAUAGUAGGAGCAGCGGCGCAGAUCAUGUGACAAACCAGAAUAUCUGUGACUCUCCAUCAACCCACAGCCUUACGGGUCUGUCUUUUAAUUUGUCUAAGAAAUCGAGCACAUACGCGGAUUGUUCAGAUCUCUUCUCACCAAAGAAGCCGGAGACUGUCGUUCAGAACAAAUCUAAUGAUCCAACAGCCAGCACUGCAGCAGAAGACAUUGAACUAGAUGACUUUUACACAGACUACUUUGACAUAGAUGACUUCAAUGACUCCGAUGUGCCCGAUUACUUUGACGAACCCCCAAACUCUAGCGCUGUGGCUUCGACAGUGAAAGAACUGCAAUCACGCGAGUCUCCGUGGGGGAACAAACCAACAACUCCUGCACCUGCACCCAAGCCUGCAAAGAUCUGCUCACCUGAACCCACCUUCAGAAACCCAGCCCACGAUCGCUUCAGAGGGUUCAAUUUCCCCCACUCACAGGAGAUGAUGAAGAUUUUCCACAAGCGUUUUGGUCUUCAUCAAUUCAGGUUCAAUCAACUUGAAGCAAUCAAUGCAACGAUUCUUGCAGAAGAUACCUUUGUUUUGAUGCCCACAGGUGGGGGUAAAAGCCUGUGCUACCAGCUGCCGGCCUGUGUGUCACCUGGCGUCACUGUGGUCAUCUCCCCACUCAAAUCUCUCAUUGUGGACCAGGUCCAGAAACUCACUACACUGGAUAUACCAGCGACAAGCCUCUCUGGAAGUAAAAGUGACAGCGAAGCAGGGAGGAUUUAUAUGCAGCUCUCUCGGAAAGACCCUAUCAUUAAACUUCUCUACGUCACACCGGAAAAGGUGAGUGCAAGUCAGAAGCUGAUCUCCGCCAUGCAGAACCUGUACGAGCGUGGCCUUUUGGUCCGCUUUGUCAUAGAUGAAGCCCAUUGCGUCAGUCAGUGGGGUCACGAUUUUCGUCCAGACUACAAGAGGUUACAUGAACUGCGCCAGAAGUUCCCGGGCGUGCCCAUGAUUGCCCUGACAGCCACCGCCACCCCGCGGGUUCAGAAGGACAUCCUGAACCAGCUCAGCAUGACCCGGCCACAGGUGUUCACCAUGAGUUUCAACAGAACAAACCUGAAGUACGCUGUCCUGCCCAAGAAACCCAAAAAGGUUGCAGAUGACUGCAUCGACUGGAUUAAGAAGCACUACCCACGUGACUCCGGCAUCAUUUACUGCUUGUCCCGUAAUGACUGUGAUGCCAUGGCUGAAAGUCUGCAGAGAGCUCACAUAUCAGCUCUGUCGUAUCACGCGGGCCUAAGUGACGGCGACAGAGAAUACGUGCAGAGCAAAUGGAUCAACCAAGACGGCUGCCAGGUCAUCUGUGCCACCAUAGCGUUCGGCAUGGGCAUUGACAAGCCCGACGUGCGUUAUGUGAUCCACGCCAGUCUGCCUAAGUCGGUAGAGGGAUACUACCAGGAGUCUGGGAGAGCUGGCAGAGAUGGAGAGAUCUCUCACUGCAUUCUCUUCUACUCCUACACCGACGUCCAUCGCAUCAAGAGGAUCAUCAGCAUGGACAAAGAAGGUGACCGACACACCAAGGCGACUCAUUUCAACAAUCUGCACAGCAUGGUACACUUUUGUGAGAACGUGAUGGAGUGCAGAAGACUUCAGCUGCUUGCAUACUUUGGGGAGCUGAAGUUUAACAAAAUGUUCUGCAAGGAACACGCAGACGUCAGCUGUGACAACUGUGCCAAACCCAACCAAUACAAGAUGAGAAAUGUCACUGAAGAUGUGAAGAAGAUUGUAAAGUUUGUUCAGGAGAACUGCGAGAAAGUUGGAUCAAGGUUUGGCAGAACUGCUCAGCAAAACCGACUGACACUGAAUAUGUUGGUGGAUAUCUUUGUAGGAUCCAAGAGUGCCAAGGUACAGACAGGAAUGUUUGGGAUGGGAGGAGCCUUCUCGAGGCACAAUGCUGACCGUCUCUUCAAAAAACUUGUCCUGGACAACAUCCUGGAGGAAGAUCUUUAUAUCACCAUCAACGGCCAAGCCGUGUCGUAUAUGUCUGCUGGACCCAAAGCCAUGAAUGUACUGUCUGGACACAUGCAGGUGGAGUUCUAUGAGACCGAGAGUGCCUCAUCCAUCAGGAAACAUAAAGCUGCAGUGAGCACAAACGUCUCCCAGAGAGAGCAGAAGGUUCAGGAUUGUCUGAAGGAGCUGACGGAUCUUUGCAAGCAGCUGGGGAAAGCGUUUGGCAUUCACUAUUACAACAUCUUCUCUACUGCUGCCUUAAAAAAGAUAGCUGAGAAGCUUUCUCCUGAUCCUGAGGUCCUCCUUCAGAUUGAUAGUGUCACUGAAGACAAACUGGAAAAGUAUGGAGCUGAGGUCAUUCAGGUUCUAGCGAAAUACUCAGAGUGGCAGCUGCCUGAGGAACCGACUGAAACCACGGGAGACGGGUGGAUAGACACGGCACAAGGCCGCUCGUACGGAGAUGAAGAUGACGACGCAGAGUCCUCCACGUACUUCCGUGGUCAGUCUGCACAGGGACAGAAGAGAAAGAAAGCUCCAUUCUUCAAAUAUUCCAAGAAGAGAAAAGCUUCUGGCAACUCAAAAGGUCGUGGCUACAGCAGCAAUAAGUCGUGGUUGUCGUCCGGCUCCAGAGGCGGGUCCAGUGCUGCGGGUCGGGGGUCCAGGAGCUCGACGGGAGACUCUUCAGUCAGCAGGAAACCGGGCUUCCUAAACGUCCCGGCCCCUCAAACCAACCAGCGACCCUUUUUAAAGCCGGCCUUUUCACACUUGGGAUAGAACCUUCUUGCGAUCUGACUUCUAGGACAGCAAACUGCUUUGUCACUACAUAUUUUCAAUAGUUGUUCUUAGUAAUGAUUAAACAGUAUUUCCCAGUUAUAUCUCAACUGUUUAUUGAAACUUUUAAGAUUGUAUGUAUAAGUUAUGUACAGUUAUUAACCCAAGUCAGGCCUGUUUAAUAUUGCAAAUUGUUCCAUUUCACUGUCUAUUUUGUUUAUAUUAAAGACUAAACUAAUUAAAAAAGGAUUUU